UUUGGAGACGGACGUUCACCGCUCUGCCCCCACAUCGUUUGGUUUCACUUAGCGUGCUGCAGCAGUGUGUGUGAGCCCAGACAGGCGGGCAGUGGAUGCCGAUAAGACGAAAGGAAAGUUUUUACAAAGAGACCAAGUUUGCUUCUUUCUUUUUAAUCAUUUCGUCUGAUAAGAAAUCGAAGAGACCUGAAUAGGAAUUUAGAAAGAAAGAAACAAAGUGUGCCGCGGGGAUAAUGCCUUUUUUCCUGGGAUGGAUGUAACUCUGUACUUCGUCUUCAUAAGGGAACAGUGAGAGGAAUUUGUACAUCUGGAAGCGCAAGUUAUCAUCUUUAAACACCGGAAAGGAACAAAUGAAUGUUUAAAACGAAGGGGCCAAAAUGAAGACUGCUGCCAAGGGUUUUGGGAAGUCUGUAAUGGAUUCUUUGCAUCGUGAGGGUUGGUGGAGCCAAAGGAUAGUGCUAAUGGUAUAUGUGGUCUUGGAGCUUAUAGCAGUCCACUCACCUGUGGUCUUGGGAACCCUUGAGCUACAGCUAGAUGAGGAGCAACCAGCAGGUACAAUUGUAGGUGACAUCAGUGCAGGACUCCCCCCUGGCGUAACAGCAUCCUUGUACUUCAUUUCAGACCAUGAGGGCACAGGAGUAGGGAGUGAUUUGGAUAUAGAUGAAAGCACAGGCAUUAUUAAAACUGCCAAAGUUCUGGAUAGAGAAUUAAGGGAUAGGUACAACUUCAUUGCAGUCACCAUGACAGGUGUGACAGUAGAGGUGACCAUCAAGGUGAAUGAUAUAAAUGACCAUGCUCCAAAGUUCCCCAGAAAGCAAGCCACUUUUAAAAUUCCUGAACAGACAGCUAUCGGCACUAGGUUUCCUCUCGAGCCAGCUGUUGAUAGUGAUAAAGGGCAGCUUACGACACAGGGUUACCUUAUCAAGGAUGGAAAUGUUGGCCAGGCGUUCACCUUGGAAACCAGGAGAGGAAGCAAUGAAGUUCUCUAUCUGGAUUUGGUGGUCAAUACCAUUCUAGACAGAGAGAAAAGAUCCACCUAUACUUUAUCUUUGGAGGCUUUUGAUGGCGGGUCCCCCAAAAGAACUGAUCAGAUGACGUUAGAUAUUACUGUGCAAGAUAUUAAUGACAACGCUCCUGUUUUUAACCAGAGCCGCUACCAUGCUAUAAUAUCUGAAAACCUUCAACCAGGAAGUAACAUCCUGCAGGUGUUUGCCACAGAUGUUGAUGAGGGCGAUAAUGGGAUGGUGCUAUAUGAAAUUAACAGGAGACAAAGCGACCCAGAUCGCUACUUUGUCAUAGAUUCUCGCACUGGCAUCAUCACCCUCAACAAACCACUGGACUUCGAGAUGAGGAGGGUCCACGAGCUGGUGGUCCAGGCGCAAGACAACGCAACUCACCCAGAAGUGACCAAUGCCUUUGUCACCAUUCAUGUCAGAGACUACAAUGACAACCAGCCUACAAUGACCAUCAUCUUUCUCAGUGAGGACGGAUCUCCCAGAAUCUCAGAAGGGGCACAGCCAGGCCAGUACGUAGCCCGCAUCUCAGUCACUGACCCAGACUACGGAGAGUAUGCUAAUGUCAAUGUGUCACUAGAGGGAGGUGAUGGAAAGUUUGCCCUGACCACUAAAGAUAGCAUAAUCUAUUUGAUUUGUGUGGAUCAGAUUCUGGACCGCGAGGAAAGAGACACCUAUGAGCUGAGGGUGAUGGCGACAGAUUCCGGCAUGCCUCCGCUCAGGGCUGAAUCCUCCUUCACUAUCCAAGUGAUUGACAUCAAUGACAAUCCUCCUCUCUUUGACCAACCAGUGUACAGGCAGGUCAUUCCUGAAGUGGUGUUUCCAGGUAGCUUUGUGUUACAGGUAACAGCUAGAGAUAAAGACCAGGGGCCAAAUGGGGACAUAAGCUACAGCAUCCUACAAGAUGGAAGUGCUUAUUACAGCUGGUUCAGUAUAGACUCCAUUACUGGCAUUAUUACCACUCUCUCCCAGCUGGAUUAUGAAAAGAACCCUAGUCCCAGUAUAACUGUGGUGGCCACUGAUGGAGGAAAGCCAUCUCUUUCAUCCACUGCAGUUGUAAACAUCUUUCUUCAGGAUAUAAAUGACAACGAGCCUGUUUUUGAGAGAAACUUCUACAACGUGUCUGUCGAGGAGAACACAGCACCGGGGACCUGCAUUCUCGAGGUGACUGCGGCAGAUGCAGACAGUGGCUCCUAUGGCUUGAUUACCUAUUCUCUUGGCUCUGGCAUUAACAGCGCUGUUCCCUCUAAAUUCACCAUUGGCAAGGAGACUGGCCAGAUCUGCACUACUGCUGCACUAGACAGAGAUCAAGGACCAGCCAGCUUCGACUUUACUGUUACUGCAGUAGAUGGGGGUGGACUGAGCUCAGUGGCCUAUGUCAGGGUAGAUCUGGUGGACAUUAAUGAUAACAGACCCGCUUUCUACCCUCUCAGUUAUGCUGUUAGUUUGAGCACACAGAGUGCCCCUGGGACAUCUGUUGUCAGAGUGACAGCCUAUGACCCAGACUCAGGCAAGAAUGGGCGAAUUACAUACAAAACAGUGCCUGGAGGGGCUUCUCCAUACUUUACUCUCAACAAAGACACAGGUGUGAUCUCACUGUCUCGAUCUGUCUAUGGAAAGGCCAACUCUGUCGUUCCAAUGGUUAUCUCUGCUCAGGAUGGUGGUGGUCUUGUUGCCUUAGUGAAUGCCAGAGUUAACAUUAGUGUGGUGGCAGGUUUAGUGGCUCCGCCCGUGUUUGAAAAGACUCAGUAUUACUUCACCGUGUCAGAGGACGUCCUGCGCGGGACUGUUGUGGGAAUCGUCCAGGCCAGCAGUAAAACAGGCAUCUCUAGAGAUAUUUCCUAUACCAUCAGCUCUGGAGACCCUGCAGGCUACUUCACAGUUGAUCCUGACACCGGGGCCCUAAGGACCAGUCUUCCCCUGGAUCAUGAAGCCCAAUCAGCUCUUGAUUUGGAGGUGCAGGCCCGCAGCGGCAACCCUCCUGCCUUUGGCCAGACCCGUGUCCACAUUACCAUUGCAGAUGUCAACGACAACCCACCUGUUUUCCUGCCCUCAUCCUCAGAGUCCCUGCUGCUGCCAGAGCAUACAGAAAUGGGCACAGUAGUUUAUCGUGUCCAAGCUGAGGACAGAGACUCAGCAGUCAAUGGACAACUCACCUUUGACCUUUCUUCUUCAAAUGGACUCCAGAGGAUUUUUAGCGUAGAGCGCAGCAGUGGAGAGAUUCGAUUGGUAGGGAGCCUCUCUUAUGAGAAUACCCCCCGUUAUGACCUCCAGGUUAUCGCCAAGGAUAGUGGAGUACCCCAGCUAAGUGCCACCUUCAUGCUUGUGGUUCAUGUCCAGGCAGAGAACGACCAGGGUCCUGUGUUUGACACCCUCACGUACCGCGUUGAAUUAAAAGAAGGAACUCCAAUAAGCACACGCUUUCUGCAAGUCAGAGCUUUGAACAGAGAAACACCAACCUCUGGCCACGUUGCUCCCCUGGCAUAUCAUUUACGUCCAGAUGGAGAUGCUGCAGGUUUUGGCAUUGCUGCAGACAGCGGCUGGCUGUUCGUGAAGAGUGCCCUGGACAGGGAAGUCAAGGACAUGUACCUCCUGACAGUGUUAGCCAGUACAGGCCAUGGACAGUUAAAGAAGACAGGCAGUGCCACAGUGCGGAUAUCGGUGACUGAUGAGAAUGAUAACUCUCCUCGGCUCACGCAGGAAAGGGUCUUCAUGGCUGUGAGAGAGAACCUGCCUCCGGGAACAGGCUUUGGUCACGUGUUGGCCACAGAUCGCGACAGCGGCCCCAACGGACGCCUCGCUUACCGCUUUCUGCAUCCUGACCGUCACUUUCAGAUUAACACCCACACAGGUGAGAUCAGCACAAGGAUGACUCUGGACAGAGAGCAGCAGUCUACUUACCAGCUCUUGGUGGUGGCACAAGACGGAGGUUCACCCCCUCGUAGCGCCACAGGCACCGCUUUCAUCACUGUACUGGACGAAAAUGACAACGACCCUGUUUUCAUCCACAGUCAGUCAGGGAAAAACAUCAUAAUUCAGGUGAUGGAAGGUCAGCCUUCUGGGGUUGUACUGGGUACACUGCAAGCCAAAGACCCUGAUGAAGGGGAGAAUGGCACAAUAUUCUAUUCUUUGUCAGGUCCCAGAGCUGAGCGCUUCUCUUUGAACACAAACACUGGCGAGUUGCGUUCGUCAUCCCCUCUCAGCCACUCGGAACGGGCUGAGUACACUCUGACGGUGACAGCCACCGACAGAGGACUGCCCCCUCGCAGCACCUCCUGCUCCCUCACCAUUCAGGUUAUCAGCAUUAACAGACCUGCUACCAAGAAGAAUUCACUCUCCAUAACUUUCAACUCGGUGGAGGAGGCCAAGCCCGGGUCUGUUAUUGGCUCGGUCCGCCUCCAUGAUAGAGGAACCUUAGAGGACGACAAGGUGACCUACACAGUGGUGGGGGGUACGGACCGAGAUGGCACAUUCGUUGUGGAUCGUCUGACUGGGGACGUUUACUUGGCUCGUCCUCUUGACUAUGAACGAGACUCGCGCUACAAUCUGCAAAUUGAAGUGGAUGACUUCUCCGAGGCCCCUCCAAGCAGCACUCUUGUCCACCUGGACAUCGACAUAGAGGACAGUAAUGACCACACUCCUCAGUUCCCAGAGGACCCCAUCACAAUUGUCAUCUCUGAGAGCAUGGAUCCUGGCUCCUCUGUCUAUACUUUCCAGGCCACAGAUAAGGAUGGCAGCGGGUCCAACAGCAAACUGGUGUAUUCCAUACUACAACAGUGGCCAAAUACCCCAGGUCUAUUAACCCUCGACCCAUCAACUGGGGUUCUCUCCUUGGGCCAGAAGCUGGACUAUGAGGUCACUCCAAACCUCAUCCUGGUUGUAAAAGCAACAGAUUCUGCUCCUGAUGUCAGCCAGAGGCGCUGGGGUUCUGUCACGGCAAGGCUGUAUGUGACCGAUGAGAAUGACAAUCCACCAGUGUUCAUAUCGCCAACAGCUGUCAGUGUGAUGGAGGAUCAGCCAGUGGGCUUUGUAGUGCUGUAUGUCAUGGCCAGAGAUGCAGACCAAGGGGAGAAUGGUAGAGUGACCUACAGAAUUCAAUCAGGCAACACUGCAGGGACAUUCAGUCUCAACCCUAGUACAGGCUCUCUGUCUAUUUUCAAACCUCUGGACCGCGAGGAGCAGGACAUCUUUAACCUCACAGUAAUCGCUGAGGAUCACGGGAUACCCCAACACUCGUCCAUCCAGCUGCUGUGUGUGCAUGUGAUCGAUGUUAAUGAUGAGGCGCCCUGGUUUGAGCAGAGCCAGUAUGAAGUAGAGAUCUCGGAGAACCAACCUCCAGGAACCAGUGUGCUGACAGUGUCUGCCACUGAUCUGGACCAAGGAAGCAAUGGCCAGGUGACAUAUGACGGUAUCUCACAGGAGGGUUUCAGCAUCAACCCAGUAUCAGGUGUGAUUAUGAUUACUAAGUCUCUGGACAGGGAGCUUCAGGAAUACUACACUGUCACAGUGUCUGCAAAAGAUGGAGGCCUUCCACCGAACUAUGCUAAAGCAACUGUGAGGAUCAAGGUGACUGACGUUAAUGACAACGCCCCUGUCUUUGGACGUCUUUACUACAGCAUAGAGGUGCCUGAAAACCUGGAAGCACUACCUCUGUUCACCCUUCGAGCCACUGAUCAGGAUGCGGGAGACAACGGCAGGAUAAACUACAAAAUUACAGCUGGAGAUUCAUCCGGAGACUUCCGCUUGGAUGGCCAGUCAGGUGUCCUGUCCACCUCACGGCCCCUUGAUCGGGAGAAGAGGCCUGGGUACAGUUUAACGGUGAUAGCUCAGGACCAGGGCCACCCUGCACUUAGCAGCACUGCCACUGUAGAAGUGAUAGUCCUGGACAUCAAUGAUCACAGCCCCCAGUUUCAGAGCAGCAGCUACACAGCAGAAAUUUUGGAAGAUGUUCCCAUUGGGUCACUCGUCCUGGAGGUGAAAGCCAUUGAUUUGGACCAUGGCCCUAAUAGCCAAGUGCUGUACUUUCUGAGCCAUGGCUCCCAGAGCAUGUUCAUGAUAGACCAAAACACAGGUCGCAUUAUCACAGCAUCCCCCCUCGAUAGAGAGAGAACAGCUUCUUACACUUUUGAGGUGUGUGCCACCGAUUCUUCCCCCGCAAACCCACGUAACUCCACUGCUCAGGUGACGAUCUAUAUUCAGGAUGUGAACGACAAUGCUCCGUUCUUCAUUCAGGACCCACUUAUUGUGAAUGUCUCCGCCAGUAGUGUCUCUAAUCGUCGAGUUUUGGCCACUAUGAGAGCAGAGGACAAAGACUUUGGAGCUAAUGGCUCUGUUUUUUAUCGUUUCGCCAACUCUGUCAGAGGGUUCACCAUUAACUCACUGACAGGAGAAAUCCAGGCCACAGAGAAGCUGCAGACCAUGACCCAAAGCCAACGGACUUUGAUAGUUCAGGCCAUGGACCAAGGGAACCCAGCACAAUCUUCCCUGGGAGUGGUUAUCAUUUACAUAAAGGAGCAGAGCUACAGUGGGAUUCGCUUCUCUCGCACAGCAAGAGAUGUCAGCCUGCAAGAGAACGCUGCUAAAGGCACAGUAGUAACACAAGCUCAGGCCCAGUACCCAGAUGGCUCUAAAAAUGGGAUCACCUACAGUAUAUUCAGUGGCAAUAAAUUGCAGUCUUUUGGAAUAAACACAAUUACUGGUGAAAUAUGGGUCCAGAAAUCUGAAGGACUGGACUUUGAGGAGACCCCAAAACUCCGCCUUGUGGUGAAAGCUGAGACAGCAUCCUCUAGCUCCUACAUGGCUGUCAACUUAAUCCUUCAGGAUGUAAAUGACAACUUGCCACGCUUCCAACUCCAGAACUAUGUAGCCUACAUUAGGGAGGCGCAAGGCUACGAUUUUCCCAUUAUCCAGGUGGCCGCAGACGACCGGGACCAGGGUCAAAAUGGUCAGGUGACUUACUCUAUCAGGUCAUCAUCCAUGAGUGGCUUGUUUAAGAUAGACCCACUGACUGGAAGCGUUACCACUGCAGCCAUAAUGGACAGGGAAAUCUGGACCCAAACGAAGCUUGUUGUUACGGCAACAGACCGGGGAACCCCACGGCUCGCUGGCUCUGCCACCCUCACUGUGAUCAUCAUUGACCUCAAUGACAACAGUCCCAUGAUUCCCCUGCCUCAGAAGAUUCGAGUGCCUGAGGAUACUCUCAUUGGCACAAUAAUCACCCAGGUAACGGGGAAUGAUGUGGACUCGGGGCCAGCCCUCUCCUACACGUUACACCUAGAUGCAAGCAGCCAAGGCAUGUUUGGAAUUCAUUGUUAUGGAGGAGGAGUGUCGCUGACUGGACCACUAGACUACGAGGAAAGGACGUGGUACACUCUGACCGUUCGCACAUCUGACUCUAAACAUCAAAGCAAGGCCAACCUCACUGUGCUGGUGGAUGAUGUGAAUGAUAAUUCCCCCACCUUUACCCAGGAUUUGUAUCAGGUGGCUGUAUCAGAGCACCUCCCUGCAGGCAGCGCAGUCGUCACCGUAACAGCCACUGACCGUGACUCUGGGGACAAUGGGAAAAUUACUUACAGAGUCAUGUCAUCAACGAAAGGUGUCUUCUACAUUGACCCAGUCAAUGGUACUCUAUUUACUAAACAAAAGACUGAGUUUGACUUCGAGAAUCCCUCCAUUCUGGUGGUGAUUGAGGCACGAGACCAGGGUACUCCAUCCCUUUCAGCCAUUGCCACUGUGCAUGUUCAAGUGUCUGACAUAAACGACAACGCCCCCAUCUUCCAUCAGUCAGAGUACAGAGCCACUGUGUCUGAAGACGGCCUUCCUGGAUCAACUGUUCUGACAUUAGAAGCUGUGGAUGGAGACCUGUUACGGGAUAACUGUGGUUUUGAUUUUGCUAUUGCCAGUGGCAACUCGGGUAAUGCCUUCCAGAUUGAGAGCAGCGUGCGCUUCUUGGAGGGGCGGGGCUUCCAGACAGUUGGGAGUCUAAUCCUGGUAGAGAAGCUGGACUUUGAAGCGGUACCAAGUUAUAACCUGACGGUUGUGGUGUCAGAUCGUGGAAUCCCUCAGCGUAGCUCCAGCGUUCCUAUCAUUAUCAGUGUUACAGAUGCCAAUGACAACCCUCCAGUAUUCAGCCGAACAGAGUACAGUGUGAUUCUGAGUGAGGGUACGGCAGCAGGGACUGAGAUCUUGCAUUUAUCUGCCACAGAUCCAGAUUCUGCUCCAAAUAGUGAGGUCCAGUACUCUAUAAGCUCAGGAGAUGAGACAGAUCUUUUCCAUGUAGACCAGUGGACUGGAGCUUUGAGGCUGCAGAGACCUCUGAACAGCGAGACACAGUUGUCCCAUUUGAUUGUUGUCCAGGCCACUGAUGGCCAAGGACACUUUGCUUUGGUCCCUGUCAGUAUAGAAGUGAAGGACAUCAAUGAUAACCAGCCUUUCUUUCCCCUCAAUCUAGUAACUGCAAGCAUCAGGGAAAACCAACCCCAGAACGCCUUAGUUACCAUGCUGCAUGCAAUUGACCAUGACAGAGGGGUUUUUGGACAGCUAAGGUACUACAUGUUAGACUCCUUUAAAGAAGGAAAAGAGGGCUUCUUCAUCAAUCAUACUUCAGGUGAAAUACGGACCCGCUCUUCUUUUGACUUUGAGAAGAUAAACUCAUUCCAGUUUGUGGUCAUGGCUGUGGAUGCAGGCAACUAUUCUGCUACUGUAACAGUGAAGGUUUAUGUUACGGGGGAGGAUGAAUAUGAUCCUGUUUUCACCUCUUCAGAGUUCUUAUUUGAAGUGCCUGAGGGAGCAAAGAAGGGUCAGGUCAUUGGCAAAGUGCAAGCCAGAGAUGAGGACGGGGGUGUGGAUGGUGUUGUACUCUACUCCUUAGCAGACCACUCGCCUUAUUUUGAAGUCAAUAAAUCAACUGGAGAGGUUUCUUUAAAAACGGAUAGCUACAGUAGACACAUGAGUCGCUCUAAAAGAGAGCUACGUCUGAUGACACUGGAUGUGAGCGCUCACAGCCCUUUGGAGACGUCUCGCAUAUCAGUGGCCAAAGUUACCAUAGAUGUUACCCAUACAUCUUUUGGUCUCACCAGAGACGUGAACAUGUUGCUCGUCAGUGUCAUUGCAGUUUCACUUGGGAUCAUAGUCAUACUGAUAACAAUUGCUGUGGCACUAUUUUUUGUUAAGUUAAGACGUCGGAAGAAGGAGAAAAAGACACACGAACGAACACCAAUGUCAGGGACCCUGCUGCACAAGUUUGAGGAAACAAAACUAGCAGCCAAUGAAAUGAUUUACCAUCAGGCGCUUCCUGGAUAUGCAACUGAUCAAAGAGGAACUAGUGGGGGUCCGUACACCCGUGGCGGAUCCCUAGAUCCUUCUCACUCCAGUGGUCGAGGCUCUGCCGAGGCAGAGGCAGCAGAGGAUGAUGAGAUCAGGAUGAUUAAUGAAUAUCCCAGAGUGUCAAGCAUCUCCUCGUCAAUGCAGGAGCACAUCUCUGCCCGAGGUCCAGACUCCGGAAUCCAGCAGGAUGCUGAUCAGCUAUCAGAUGUGUCUUGUGAGCCUUCUAUUGAUUGGUUCAAAGGAAAGAAAGCGGGCAGCGUCAAUAGUACUUUGUUAGCUGGCCAGGUGCCAAUCUACAGGGACGAAGGGUGCGGGUAUGUAGGCGUGGGACGAGGACUCAGCAUCUCCCGCCCUAAAGACUACACUUUCCCUGAGGACGGAAAGCCCUCCGCAGAUGGCUCCCUCACAGCCAUUGUGGCCAGUGAUGAGGAGCUGAGGGGCAGCUAUAACUGGGACUACCUGCUAAACUGGUGUCCCCAGUUUCAACCUUUAGCUAAUGUCUUUACUGAAAUAGCACGUUUAAAAGAUGAAACUGCGCCUCCUCAUCCUCGCAGGUCAUUUCAUCACAAAGCAAAAGCAGAGUCAAGAAUUGACCCUCCACCUCUCAUAACCUCUGUGGCCCACCCUGGGGCCAAAACUGUGCAUCCAAAGCCUGCCGUAGGUAGGACAUUCCCAAAUCUGGCUUCCUUACGAAGAUCGCCCAUCAGCGCUGAGGGAUCCAUCUCGUCAAUCGCGAUGUCUCCAAGUUUCUCCCCGUCUCUCUCACCACUGGCAGCACGUUCGCCUGCAAUUACACCCUUCAGUGUCUCACAGGGCCCCUCUGCCUCCGUGAUCAGCACAACUGAACAUAAUUUGGAACACAGUGAAGAGGCAGAGCUGAGGAUUUAAAUUUUAAAGGGUGAACUGAGCUGAAUCACUGCUGUUCUAAUCUUGUUCUACUGUAUGACCACAGAGGCUGCAACCUGAAAUGAGGCAAUGCUAUUCUCUCUUCUGUUUUCUCAAGAGAAGUACACAAUGUUAUAUCGAAAAGUCCAAAUAGCUGAAGAUGUGGUGCUUUUUCAUGAAAAAAAUACAUCACUAGCAGGCCAAAAAAGGACUAUGCCUUGUGUGUGUGUGUGCGUGUGUGUGUGCAUGUGUGCCUGCAUUUGUGCAUUAAAUAAACAUAUGCUUUUGUUGAUCAGUGUUAAUUUGCACAUUUUAAUGGAGAUUCAUAAACGAUGUCAAUAUUUUGUACAAAAGCAUUGUCUAUAUUUUUAUAUAUGUGUGGUUUCUGACAAAAUCUGGCAUUAACGUGUCAAAGGGGGUGCAAAAACCUCAGAAUACAUUUUUAUAUUUGUAUAUUUGCUGAUGUACUGUAUACUUAUUUGUACUGUACGUUUGUGGCGUAUCUUGUAAUUCUUAACUUUGUGGUUUUAAGUGAAGCUCACCAUUAAUUCUUCAUGAAAUAGGAUUUUUGUAGGAGAUAAUUGUAAAUAUUUAUAGAAGAAGAAACAACCUCGCUUGAACAAAUGAAACAUCAGUCAGAAUAGAGUAUUAUGUGACUUUCUUACAAUUCAGUGUUUGAUCUUCCAUCCAAGGUAACAAUGAAUGUGAAAUGCUGAAAAUUUGUCUUAGUCCUUAACACGCACCUGAUCACAUUCUGCAAAAUAGGACUUGACAUCCAAUGAUCCUGUUUUUCAGGCACAUGGCUUUAAUUUCUCACAACAAGCCUUACUGCUUAUCUUUUCUUUGCAUUGUGACACGAAAAACGAAUAAGGGAACACUGAGCAGCUACUUGGUAAAUGUAAAAUAGUUUGCCUUAUCUGCAGCCUGAUCUUUCCAGAGAAUGUAAGCUGUUUGUUUAUCUACAUAACUAACGUUCCUCAGAUAAAUGUUAAGAACAAACACUCGAAAUGUAAAAAUUAGUGCUAUCCUAACACUGAAAUUUUCCUAACACAGUUUUAUUUUUUGUCAUCUUUAGUUCUGUCCAGAUUUUUUCUUUUCCCUUUGGUGUAAAUGUAUUGACAAACUCACUUUGUGUUACUUGGACCAUUUUUCCCAACUCCUUUCAGCAGCAGUAUACACAACAUGUAUGUAAAUUAA